AAUAUCUUCCUCCUCAAAGCGUCCGGCAGAGCGAGAGCCACCGUCGUACGAGGGGAAGAGAGGCUGAAUAAUAUUUUUAAUAAGGACAACAAGAUGGAUAGUGAAUAUACACAAGAUGGAACACUUGACAUUCACAAGAAACCAGCAAACAAGAAUAAAACAGGAACCUGGAAAGCUUGCAGAUUCAUUCUCGUGACUGAGUGUUGUGAAAGAUUGGCGUACUAUGGAAUGAGUACAAACCUGGUGAACUAUAUAGAGAAACAUCUCAGUAUGGGAAACGUAGCAGCUUCCAACAGUGUCACAAACUGGUCGGGAACAUGUUACGCCACUCCUUUGAUCGGUGCUUUUCUCGCCGAUGCUUAUCUUGGUCGUUACUGGACCAUCGCUUCCUUCGUCGUCAUCUACAUUUCCGGAAUGACGCUAUUGACGUUAUCAGCUUCGGUUCCUGGUCUAACACCAACCUGCCACGGUGAAAACUGCCACGCAACGGGAGGCCAAAUCGCGAUCACGUUCGUAGCGCUCUACUUGAUCGCACUGGGGACAGGAGGGAUCAAGCCAUGCGUUUCCUCCUUUGGUGCUGAUCAGUUUGACGACACAGACGAAGAGGAGAAAGAAUCUAAGAGCUCUUUCUUCAACUGGUUCUACUUUGUGAUCAACGUUGGUGCAAUGUUCGCUGCCUCAGUCCUCGUUUGGAUUCAGAUGAAUGUUGGUUGGGGCUGGGGUUUCGGGGUUCCCACCGUGGCCAUGGCCUUGGCCGUCCUCUUGUUCUUCGCCGGAAGCAAAUUCUAUAGGCUUCAGAAACCAGGAGGAAGCCCCAUCACAAGAAUGCUUCAAGUCAUCGUUGCUUCUUUCAGAAAAUCCAAAGUGACAGUCCCUGAAGAUGAUUCUCUUCUCUACGAGAUCCACGAUGCUGAAAGCAGUAUCCAAGGAAGCCGCAAGCUCGAACACACCCCUAAACUUACAUUCUUUGACAGAGCAGCAGUAGUAGUAGUAGAGACAGAGAGUAAUAAUGACAAGAAAGAAGGAGCUAAAUCGGGAUGGAAGCUAUGUACAGUGACGCAAGUAGAAGAGCUGAAAGCACUGAUCGGUCUCUUGCCUGUUUGGGCCUCAGGGAUCGUCUUUGCUGCGGUUUAUAGCCAAUUUAGCACAAUGUUCGUGCUACAAGGCAACACUAUGGACCGAAGCAUGGGUCCUAACUUCACCAUCCCUUCCGCAUCCCUCGCCUUGUUCGACAUUCUCAGUGUCCUCUUCUGGACCCCUGUCUAUGACCAGCUUAUCGUUCCCUUCGCCAGGAAGUUCACUGGCAAUGAACGUGGCUUCACCCAGCUUCAACGCAUAGGGAUCGGACUUUUAAUCUCUAUUUUCUCAAUGGUAUCUGCCGGAAUCCUAGAGGUGGCAAGGUUAAGCUACGUGCGAACACACAAUCUCUACGAUGCGGAAGAGGUUCCAAUCUCCAUAUUCUGGCAAGUUCCGCAGUAUUUUUUCGUAGGUUGCGCAGAGGUGUUCACAUUUGUAGGGCAGCUGGAGUUCUUCUACGACCAAGCGCCAGAUGCAAUGAGGAGUCUUUGCUCGGCACUGGCGCUGACGACGGUGGCGUUAGGGAACUAUCUAAGCACAUUGCUGGUGACGGUGGUUACUAAAGUGACGACGACAGGUGGAAGAGCAGGAUGGAUAGCUGAUAACCUCAACAGAGGUCAUCUUGAUUACUACUAUUGGUUAUUGGCCGUUUUGAGUUUCUUGAAUUUCUUCGUCUACCUUUGGAUUGCCAAAUCCUACACUUACAAGAAAGCCACAGGCCAUGCUCUCUGAUGCAACUUUGUCAAUUACAGUACGUCGGCGGCGGCAGUAAUCUUCCUUCCUUAAUUUACUUAACAGUUACUAUAUUGCUUUUAUUUUUUACAAACAAUCUUAUAUUUAUUUAUUAGUCAGUACCAAAGAACAGCUGCAUAGCAUAUUGGUUUUGAACUGAAACUGCUGAUUAGUAGAUUUUUUCUUGUCCUAUGAUUA